GUGAUAUACAAGGACAAAGUCUUAAAUAAAAUUUCAUAUAACGUUUAGUCUUCAUUCAUGGUUACAUUUUAUAUGGAAUAUCGAGGACUCCUCGUAUUAGCACUGUGUGUUGUCUGGAUUUUUAAUGCGUCCGGCAGUUCGUGCGUCGUGGAUAACGAUGGUUUCCACAGGUUCGGGCCCGGCUGCUCUCUUAGAUGCCAUUGCCGUGAAAACGAGCCAUGUAAUAACGACGGGUCAUGUAAUGGCGCCUGCGCACCUGGAAUGUUCGGACCAGGCUGUCAAUACGUUGAUAUCGCACACGAGCAUCCCAGAAUGGCAAAACAUUCGUCCCACCCAAACAAUGUUUAUAAAUAUGCUUCUGAGGCUGUCGACGAUUACGCUUACACGUGCAGUACAACAGGCAAUGAAACCGGGUAUCAAUGGUGGAGAAGGUCGUUUCCGUACAAUGUCACAUUCACAUACAUCGAGUUUCACGUGCAAGCGGAUCAUGCAGAUGUAAAUGAGUGCGCGGACGUUGACAACUGUCUCUACGGCACGUGUAUCAACGAGGUGGGAGGAUAUCGCUGUCAGUGCCCGCCCAACUAUCAGCUAAACGCGACGGGAACUGGCUGCGUCGAUAUUGACGAGUGUCGCGAAACGCCAGGUAUCUGUAAGAACGGUCACUGUCUGAACACGUUCGGAAGCUACAAGUGCAUCUGUCCGGACGGUUACGGGCUAAAUCUCGACACGCAAGAGUGCGUCGACGUGGACGAAUGUCGAGCAAGCCGGAACCCCUGUUAUGACAACGCCAUCUGUAACAAUACUCUGGGAAGCUACAGGUGCAUGUGUAUCCCUGGAUACCAACUAGCUACCAAGGGCGGUAGGUGCAUAGAUAUCAAUGAGUGCCAAGACGUGGCGGGGAUCUGUACGAACGGCGACUGCAGUAACAGCGAGGGUAGCUACCAGUGUACCUGCAAUCAGGGCUACCGGCUGGCUGCCUCCAGGGACUCCUGUCUCGACAUUGACGAGUGUCGCGAGACGCCAGGUAUCUGUAAGAACGGUCACUGUCAGAACACGUUCGGAAGCUACAAGUGCAUCUGUCCGGACGGUUACAGGCUACAUCUCGACACGCAAGAGUGCGUCGACGUGGACGAAUGUCGAGCAAGCCGAAACCCCUGUUAUGACAACGCCAUCUGUAACAAUACUCUGGGAAGCUACAGGUGCAUGUGUAUCCCUGGAUACCAACUAGCUACCAAGGGCGGUAGGUGCAUAGAUAUCAAUGAGUGCCAAGACGUGGCGGGGAUCUGUACGAACGGCGACUGCAGUAACCGCGAGGGUAGCUACCAGUGUACCUGCAAUCAGGGCUACCGGCUGGCUGCCUCCAGGGACUCCUGUCUCGACAUUGACGAGUGUCGCGAGACGCCAGGUAUCUGUAAGAACGGUCACUGUCAGAACACGUUCGGAAGCUACAAGUGCAUCUGUCCGGACGGUUACAGGCUACAUCUCGACACGCAAGAGUGCGUCGACGUGGACGAAUGUCGAGCAAGCCGGAACCCCUUUUAUGAUAACGCCAUCUGUAACAAUACUCUGGGAAGCUACAGGUGCAUGUGUAUCCCUGGAUACCAACUAGCUACCAAGGGCGGUAGGUGCAUAGAUAUCAAUGAGUGCCAAGACGUGGCGGGGAUCUGUACGAACGGCGACUGCAGUAACCUCGAGGGUAGCUACCAGUGCACCUGCAAUCAGGGCUACCGACUGGCUGCCUCCAGGGACUCCUGUCUCGUGUGUCAACCACCACAUUUUGGAUUAAACUGUUCCCAAACUUGCAGCAGAAAUUGCAACAGCACAUGCCAUCACGUGACAGGGCACUGUUCUUGUCAACCUGGUUACCAACUGCCAGAUUGCAAUGAAGCGUGCUCAAAAGGAAGCUGGGGCGAAGGAUGCAAUCACCAAUGCGGUCGUUGCCAGGGAAGCCAACAAUGUGAUACGCGGACUGGCGAGUGUCCCGGGGCGUGUGAGCCCGGCUAUCAUGAACGUCUCUGUGAUAAACUUACAGAAUCGAGCCAGUUUCCAGUGGAGCUAGUAUCUGGAGUUUCGACUUGGAUGCUAAUUCUUCUGGUAGCGCUGAUUGUGAUUGUGGUCUUAUUGAUGAGAAUAAGAAAAGGCAAACGGACACAAAAACAGAACGAAGCUUCGAAUGUGCUAUCAACUGUUCGCGAGCCAAUGAGUAGCGUCCAUGACGAACCGCAACAACUGGCCGCCGCAAAGCCAAAUACUGUUUCAGCGCAAAAGUGUUCGCCACCAACAUCAGCAGAGUCGGUAACUACAAUGUUCAUUCAAGAACCGGUAUAUUCGAACAUGCAGGACUUACCGCCCGUAGAGUCAUCGGGAACCAUCAUCGCCCUGUCCCAACUGCAGGGAUAUGUGAUGUCGAAAAGCGCGGAUGAGCCAUUUUUUUACUUAGAAUUUAAGAAAAUCCCCUACGGGUUGCAACACCCAGCUACUGCUGCAACGGCGCCAGUGACUGCGGGGAAAAACCGAUACAAAGAUAUGCUUGCCUAUGACCACUCUCGCGUAGUGCUUAACAUUGUUGAUGGCAAAGAAGGCAGUGAUUACAUCAAUGCUUGCUUCAUCGAGGGUUUCUUCAAGAAGCGAGCUUAUAUUGCAUCACAAUGCCCAACGGAGGCUAUGAUGGAUGACUUCUGGCGAAUGAUAUGGCAAUAUGACGUAUCUACCGUAGUCAUGGUAACUAACCUCGUAGAAAUGGGAAAAAUGAAAUGUUUGCGGUACUGCCCUCUUGAAGUUGGUUCCCUGGAAGAUUUCCAAGCACUAACAACAACUUUGAUCUUUAUGGAAGAGUUCACAGACUAUACAGUUCGGAAGAUUAAAUUGUCACACAAGGACAAGCCAAGUGUAUCGCGUGUGGUAACACACUUUCAUUACACGGCAUGGCCCGACAAAGAUGUGCCCGCUAGCACUUCGAGCCUCUUGCACUUCUGGCGUAGGAUCAGGGUCCACGAUACCGACAAGAAGCAACCUUGGGUCGUUCAUUGCAGCGCCGGUGUUGGUCGGACGGGCACAUUCAUCGCCAUGGACAUACUGAUAGACGAGGGUCAGGCCAGACAGACUGUCGAUAUCUACGCCUGUGUGACCAAGUUGAGACAGCAGCGAGUUAACAUGGUUCAAACAGCGAGCCAAUAUAAAUACUUACACAGACUGAUGGUGGAAUACCUGUCCCUUCGCAGUCACUUCGUGUCCAACAAUGAGCUUGCCAAUUACCAAAACACCCUUCUCCAAGUCGACCAAAAGCUGAACAAAACCGGACUGUUUUUACAACAUGAGACAGAAUCAUCCUACCACACACUGGAGCUUGCUGAAGCAAACCUCAAAGGUGACGAGGAAGAUCCUUACUCCAGCUACAAGGUGGACAACAAGUGCAUCCUUACUCAGAAGCCCCUGUCAGACACUGUGGUGGACUGCUGGAGACUCAUAGAGGCCAGGGACAUUGGUCUGGUAGUGACAUUCCCCGAUGAGGGAAAUGAACAGGACGGUCGAAUGUUUUUCUACUACGGGGUCACUCACUGUGGGCCCUUUUAA